CCAACCCUCCUCGUUAAAAAUGUAAAUGCGAAAAAAUUCAAUACUGUGCAGCCAAACGCGACGGUCGCAGCGUUCUCCACUCACAAUCGCUCUCCCCGCUUUAUCCCCCCAGCACGUAAUGCUCCGGAUCCGGGAAUAUUAUCCAAAAAUCGGUUAAAGAUUGAGAACGGUUUUCGAAUCGCCCCGAUAUCCCUAGUGAAAUCCCAAGUGUGGGCCAACUUGCAAACCGGCAAAAAAAAGAAUUGUGCACGAGCCUUUCAGUGAGUGAAAAGUGGCCAAGUGUUUGAGUAUUAGGAUAUAGCAUACGAUCUUGGUCAGAUCCGGCAAACAUAUGUCAAGUGCAAGGCGCCAGCCGCACAGCUAAGACGGCGGCGUCAACGUCGGCAGAGGCAACAAUUUGAAUGUCCUGUCCGUGGAGUUCAAGAUUGCGGUGACCGCUCCUGUUUUUGUUGUUGUUGCUGGCAGCAGCAGAUACAACAAUGAUAAGCAGAACCGAUUCGCAGACAUAACACAUUGCGGUGGCGGUUGAGAAGAACGGCAUGGUGAAAAUGGAAUCCACGGAAGAACAGGAUCGAAAGCUAGUUUUGGAGUUCUGCCACCUGCUAGAGAAGUCCAAGCAGCUCUUCAACGGGCUCAGGGAUCUGCCGCAGUAUGGCCACCGGCAGUGGCAAGCUUACUUCGGUCGCACCUUCGAUGUCUACACCAAGUUGUGGAAGUUCCAGCAGCAACAUCGCAUGGUUCUGGACUCAAAGUACGGCCUGAAACGCUGGCAGAUCGGGGAAAUAGCAAGCAAAAUUGGCCAGCUCUAUUAUCACUAUUACUUAAGAACCAGCGAAACCAACUACCUGAACGAGGCGUAUCAGUUCUAUGCGGCUAUUAGGGGUCGGGCCUACUACUCGCGAGCGGCCAAGGAGGAUCGGCCGGAUCUGAUGGUGAAAAAGCUGCGAUACUACGCCCGCUUCAUUGUCGUUUGCCUGCUGCUCAAGAAGAUGAAGCUGGUGCGCGAACUGGUCACGGAGUUGGAAAAACAAAUACAGGAAUUUCCCCGCAGCUACGAGCCGGAGGAUCAUCUGGAGUGGUCGCUGGUGCUGGAGGAGAUCAAGGGCUUCAUCAAGGCGGAAGCGGCGGUGGCCGUCCUGCACGCCGACUCCAAUCCCAUCAUCCUGUCGCACAGUGGUUCCGGUUCUAGGUUGUCGCCGCUGACGACGCCGCCCUGCGAGCGAUCGCCGCACAUGACGCUCAGCCUGCAGGAGAUCCUGAUCGUGGGCUCCGCCUGCGAGCAGGCCAAGUUCUCGGAGCUGACCAUGGACAUGUUCCGGAUGCUGCAGACACUGGAGCGCGAGCCCACGGAAUCGACCACGAAUCCGCUGAGCAUGGCCCACGGACUCCACGGGCACGACGCGAGUCCGGCGGCCAGCCGGAUACCGCCGUACGGAGUGCCGGGCUCCAAGGGCUACAUGGAGAACGGCCGGGCCUUUCGAGACAAUCCCCACAAGUAUCUACUGUACAAACCUUCGAUUAGCCAGCUGCUGGUAUUCCUCGCCAGCGGCUCCAAGGAACUGCCGCUGGGCGGUGCCCUCCUCCUUUACAUGUCCGCCGAUGGCUGCUUCUCCACCACCAAACAUCCCGAGGAUUUUGGCUACGAGUUGGGCGGCCUGGCCACCAGCGUGAAGCGGGACAGCGUGGACGGAGGCGGUCUGUCGUGCCGGGGCAAGUCGUACAAGGAGAACCACUGCCUAUAUCCGGGUGAUCUAUAUCCGUUCACACGGCGACCCAUGUUCGUCGUGAUCGACUCGGACAACUCGUUUGUCUUUCAGCACAUACCGCGCUACUUUGGCCAGCCGCUGGUGGUGCUCAUGUCGCCGCAGGAUGUGCCACCCGCAUUCCAGGCUGAUGUCCAGCACCAUGGCUCGCUGUUUACUUUGUUCCUGCACUCCCCGCUCACCGCCCUCUGCUACAUCUGCAACGUUGGAGACGUGCCCAUCCACCACUGGGAACGCUGCCAGACCUACGUGGACCGCUUCAUUACGGAAGCCUCACGUCUAGUGACUCGGUGUCGCAUCGAUGAAAUCGAACAGGGCAUAGGAUUUAUAGACUCCUCCUAUGUGCAGUUCUUCGGCGACGACUUCCUGCGCACCCUGAUCCUGCGCUUCGUCUUCUGUGAUGUGGUGCUCCGCCUGCACCGAGGAUUCCGGGGGCGGCACAUGAGGCCGCGAUGUGAGCCCCAACUGCCGGCGAACGAGCUGCUGGAGCACCCCUCGCUGUCGCACAUCAUCUUUCAGCUGGCCUCGGCCCUGGACGUGCGGGGCCACUUCUCGGAGGGACCGGAGUGCGACUGAUGACUUUUCGUGGCCGUUGUCCUAGUCGUGGCCGUGGGGAUCGGGCUGCGGCAGCAGCUGUACCAGGUGAUCGAGAGGCAGUUUUCCGGGUGGAUGCUU